GAAGAAGAAGAAGAAGAAGAAGAAGAAGAAGAAGAAGAAGUCUUGACGUAAAUAAGUCUUCGUUACGUCAUGACGCAGCAGCUGUACGUCAAAGUGUUCGGUAAGUCGUCUGUAGUUCCAGUGACUGAUCCCCGGGAGAAGAACCGACAGCUCCGGUGAUGGCGGAGCUCCGUUAAAAGCUCUGUGUUCACCGGCGGAACCGGAGGAGGCUCAGGUGACGUCACCCGGAGGACCGGAGGGCUUCCGGACCCAGUCGCAGUGACUCCCCGUCAGGAGGCUGUGACCCUCGGCCCGUGUCCGCUCGGCUGCCGGUGUCCGCCGGAGCGCGUGAACCCAGAAGGACGCACCUGGUUCUACAAGACGUCAGGUUGUCUGUGUCCUGACUUUGACGAGUCUCAGGCGUCUGGUUUUGUUUCUUGUCGGGGGGGCGGGCCCUCACUGUGAAUGUUUGGGAGAUCUGAAGCUGCAGGAUCAUAGGAGCUGUCCAGGAACCGCCCCCCACUACUGCCAACCAAUCAGCACGCAGCCUGGAGGACCAUGAUGCAUCUGAAGUCACAUCCACAGCUCGUGUGCUCGGCCGUGCACGUGGAGGCGGCCGGGGUUCAGACAUCCCAGCGGAGCAGUCUGUUUGUGGGCCAGCAGGGGGAGCUGCUGAAGAUCAGCAGCAGCCGGCUUCCAUUCAGUGUCAUCUCGACCAACACACUUUGUUGUAUCAACACAACCAGCGGCAGCAGUGUGGCUUCGCUGCGGCUGAAGUCGUCCUGCAGCGCCGCCCUGCAGCUCCUCCCCCCCCCGCCACCAGGCUGCCAGAACGACACAUGCAGACUCUACCAGACCGACACCGAGGACACGGAGACCCCGCUGGACAUCUGGACAGUCAUCAAGCCGGGACAUGUCCGAGAGAAGAUCGCCAUGUUUGCAUCAGAGGGAGGAGGGACGGAGGCGGGAGGCGGUGGAAGCACCUCCUGCAGCAGCUCAGGCUUCUGGGACAGGAAGCUGCCGGUGUCGUGUCAGACACGAACCAUCACGGCAAAGGGCAGCCGGGAGGAGAAGAGCAGCGCCAAGCGACGCCGCAGGGCUGGAAGCAGUCACCGCCUGAGGACCCGAGUCCUGGACCCUCAGCAACACACUCCUGAACCGUCUCCUCAGAGGUCAGGGGUCGGGCAGCGUGAAGGUGAGGAGGUGACGGAGGUGACGGAGGAGGAGCAGCAGAAGGUGUCAGUAGUGGAGAUGGUGGCGUUCCUGGAGCAGAGGACGAGCGAGCAGCAGAUAGACAGUAAACCUGCUCUCACUGUCCAGAGGAGCUCCGCCUCCAUCACGCUCCUCAGACCCAGGGAGGGCCCCGAGGUCCGAGGGGAGGAGCCGGAGAGCCUCAGUGUGACGGACAUGGUGGCCAAGCUGGAGUCGGAGUGCGUGAGGAGGACGGAGGGAGAUCUGUCGAGGAGCAACAGCCUGAGACGGACGGUGGGACGAGUCCUGCUCGCCGCUGGGGACCAGAGCUCCGCCCCCUCCCGUCCAGCGUCUGUGACACUGUCAAUGACAUCAUCAGCUUCUGCAUCAUCGCUGCUGGGAGCUCAGAGUCCAAUCAGCUGCUCAAUGACCCCGUUUAGAGACACCUGCCUGAGCUGUGACCACGCCCCCUCACUCUUCUCAUGUGAGGCUGGGGGGGCUGGGGGGGGCAGCGUCACAGACACCGAGCCUCAGCCCGGCUUGUUGUUUUUGUCUCUGCUUCCUGCACAUCCCCCCCCUCCCCCCACAGAGCCCCGCCCCCCUGCCGUAGGUUACUCUCCUAACUCUGACAGCCAAUCAGAUAACAGGGGGAGGAGACAGGCUGACGGGCGUCAGGAAGAGGAAGUCGCAGGUUUGAGUCUUUGCUGUGAGGCGGUGCAGCCGAGCCGCCGGGCCUCCGUGUCACAUGACUUCCUGGAGAUGCGUCAGCGGCUGCAGCAGCUGCUGGAGCCGCAGCCGCACCUGGUGGUGCUGCCCCACCACCUGCUGCUGAAGAUCCUCGGGCUGCUGCCGACCCAGAGCCUCGCCGCGCUCAAGUGCUGCUGCAGCUUCUUCAGCUUCCUCAUGGACACGUACGGCGUGCGGCCGGCCGACUCGCUCUGGGUGUCCGACCCCCGCUACAGCGACGACCCCUGCAAGCAGUGCAAGAGGAGGAGGGGCCGGGGGGACGUGUCCCGGUGCCGCUGGCACCACAAACCGUUCUGCCAGGCGCUGCCGUACGGCCCGGGCUACUGGAUGUGUUGCCAUGGCACCCGCAGGGACGCGCCUGGCUGCAACGUGGGUCUCCAUGACAACCGCUGGGUGCCGGCGUUCCACAGCAUCAACGUUCCGAUCUACAGGAGAAACCUCGUGGACCACUGAGCCGCUCCCAUGAUGCACCAGCUGACCAGAAGCUCAUGGAUCGAAUCAUGUGACCAGGGCGGUUUCUCGUCAUGUGACAGAAUCAUGAGUCGGUUCAGAUUCUGAUUUAAAGAUUCAGAAACUCAAGUUCCUUCUUGUGCUCUGACAGAAGAACCGUGUGGCGCCCCCUACUGCUCAAACCCCACCUCAUCGUAAACACUGUGCUCACAUCACUGACGUUCUCCUGAUUCCUCUGUUUUCUACAGAAACACUUAUCAGUGGUUCACAGAUGAAGAGGAGUCCCGGCCAGGACUCUUCCUCACUGCCGUCAGUUAUCUGUUGUCUACUGAUCCAUCGACUGAAGUGUCAGAGGAACACGGUGACAGCAGGAGGUCGAUCAGUUCAUCAUCCAAACGGCUCCUGUCCAUCAACUGAUCAGUUGACUGAUGGAUGAAGCUCCACAUCUCACGUGGUCUUCAUCAGCAGGAGCUCCCUUCAAAGAGUUUGUCAUCAUGUCUGAUGAAAACCCUGAGACGGUGGAAAGCUGCAGAAAAUCACUGAAUAGAAAUAGUUGAUGAAAUAAUUGUGAUGAUUUGUGUGGAUGCAGAUCAGCUCCUGCUUUAAUCAACCGACGGAUCAUCUGCUGCUUUAUAAUUGUGUUUGUUUUUUCACCUGUUGAUCGACAUCGAUUUCAAUCGGUGACUUUUCAAACCCGCCUGGAGGUUAGGUGAGUGGGGGCGGGGCUUCAGGGGCGGGGCUCCAGGGGGCGGGGCUUCAGGGGGUCUGAGUGGAGGAACUUAAUAUGCACCUUGUUUGUGUUUACAUGAGUCUAAAGGAGGUUUGUUAUUGAUGUUCAGUCAGCAGCUGAGUGAUCCUCUCAGGACCGAGGGUAGGAUUCUGAAACGUGGCCUUGAUGCAAUAUGAAACUGGAAUGUAGAGAUUAUAAAAAAGAAUAUCGGGAGAAAAUAUAACUUUUGUUUUUGUUUUUUUUAAGUUUUAUUGGUUUCACUUUUCAGGCUGUCCUGGUUUGUUCUCUGUUGAAGAUCUUUAAUAAAGUGUUUUCUCAUUGGUUUGUUUGGGUUUUAAAAUAAAGACUUGUUUUUUCCAUUUUA